CAGAUCGAUACAGUGAUUCAUUUUGCUGCUGACUGCACCUCCACUCGUUGCUACAAUGAGACCAUCGAGGCGAUUGAGAACAACGUCAUCGCCUUCAUCGAGCUUCUCGAAGUCGUAAAGGAGUAUGGGAAGAUCAAACGAUUCGUUCACAUCAGCACCGAUGAGGUGUACGGCGAUUCCGGACUAGGCGACGAUGAGGCGGGAAAAGUUGAAGAAAGUCGACUACUACCAGGAAAUCCGUAUGCAGCGACAAAGAUCGCUGGAGAAGCAUAUAUGAGGGCAUUCAUAGCACAGCACAAGUUACCUAUUGUCACGGCCCGAAUGAACAACAUCUACGGGCCAAAUCAGUGGGAUGUCAAGGUUGUACCGAGGUUCAUUGAAAUCGCUAAGGUUCGAGGCGAAUAUACGAUUCAAGGUUCUGGAAAACAACUGAGAUCAUGGCUCUAUGUAGACGACGCAAGCCGAGGAAUUCAACGGGUUUGUGAAAAAGGAAAGAUAGGAGAAAUCUACAACCUGGGCACGUAUUUUGAGAAGAAC